AAAUUAAUCCCAUCAACCCUUACCCCUUCCCCAAGACGCAGACUUUCUUGUCAAGAAAGAAAGAGAGAAAAACAAGGACCAACCAGUUCACUAGCUAGCCAUUAUAAAUAGCAGCUGCAGAUUUAUUCAUUUCAUUCUUCUGCAAUUUGGCUUUUGGAAUAAUUGACAAUAAGAAUGCAUCUGUACAAUGCGUGGCUUCCGCCACCGGUGGCCGAAGAGGCGAAGAGAGAGAAGGAGUCCUUCUCUCGGGUCGUCAGCUCACUCAGGGCCUCCUUCCGCCCCGAUGACCCCGAUUCCGUCUACUCCACUCUCAAGUGGAUCUCCGUUCUCGACCUUUUCAUAAAGGCGAAAAGUGAUGUCUCUUUGGAAGAUGUCAGCACGCUUGUCGAGAUAGGUUUAGAAUUGUUUAUAAAAUCACAAAAUAAGCUUUAUGCCCAGGUUAGAUGGGGAAAUAUCUUAGUAAGGGUACUUAAUAAGUAUCGAAAGAAGCUUUCCUUAAAAGUUCAGUGGCGGCCUUUGUAUGAUACUUUGGUUCAUACACAUUUCACAAGGAAUACUGGUCCAGAAGGGUGGAGAUUGAGACAGAGACAUUUUGAGACUAUUACUUCCCUUGUUCGAUCCUGCCGGAGGUUUUUCCCUCGAGGUUCUGCCUUUGAGAUAUGGUCUGAGUUUAGAUCUGUAUUGGAAAAUCCAUGGCAUAACUCAUCCUUUGAAGGAUCUGGGUUUGUGAGACUGUUUCUUCCUACAAAUUUGGACAACCAGGACUUUUUUUCACAGGAUUGGAUUGAAACCUGUAUAGACUUGUGGGACUCGAUACCAAAUUGCCAAUUUUGGAACAGUCAGUGGGUGGCCCUAGUAGCUCGUGUUAUAAAGCACUACAACUUUAUUGACUGGGAGUGUUUCUUACCCAAACUUUUUGCGAGAUACUUGAAUAUGUUUGAGGUUCCUGUGGCAAAUGGAACUGGAUCAUAUCCUUUUUCUGUGGAUGUUCCCAGAAACACAAGGUUCUUGUUCUCCAAUAAAACAGCCACCCCAGCAAAGGCCAUUGCAAAAUCGAUUGUGUAUCUAUUAAAACCUGGUAGUUCGAUGCAAGAUCAUUUUGAGAAAUUGGUCAACCUCUUGGAACAAUAUUACCAUCCCUCCAAUGGUGGUCGUUGGACGUAUUCUUUGGAACGCUUUUUGUUCCAUUUGGUAAUACAAUUUCAGAAACGCCUACUGCAUGAGCAACAGAACAUAGAAAACAGUACACAGCCUGAACUGUGUCUGGGAAGAUCAGAAAGGAAAUAUUUUGUCAAUGUGGUGCUGAAGCUAAUUGAUCGUGGUCAAUAUAGCAAAAAUGAACAUCUAUCUGAGACAGUUGCUGCGGCAACUUCUAUUUUGUCUUAUGUGGAGCCCUCUUUGGUUCUUCCUUUUGUGGCAUCUCGAUUCCACAUGGCCUUGGAGACGAUGACUGCCACCCACCAGCUGAAAAUUGCUUUGAUGUCAGUAGCAUUUGUCGGGCGUUCACUAUUUCUCACUUCCCGAUCAGCUCCAGUAGAUCCGGUAGAUAUUGAUGGUGGGGACAUGUUCACUGAUCUUUUGAUGGUUUCAUUAUCUAAUGCAUUACUUGGUAUGGAUGCCAAUGAUCCUCCUAAAACCUUGGCAACCAUGCAAUUGAUUGGUUCAAUUUUUUCCAAUUUGGCUUCUUCGGAUGAUAAUACAGAUGAGUUGUCAUUCAUGCCUAUGAUUCGCUUUUCUGAAUGGCUUGAUGAGUUCUUAUGUCGCUUAUUUUCCUUGCUCCUACACUUGGAACCCAGCAGUGUUACGAAUGAAGGCCUACAUUCAUCUGCAACAUCAGGAACUUUUCUGGUUGAGCAUGGUCCGUACUACUAUUGCAUGCUUGAAAUCCUGCUUGGGAGACUUUCAACAUCACUGUAUAAUCAGGCUUUGAAGAAAAUUUCUAAGUUUGUCAAGACAAAUAUUCUUCCUGGGGCAAUUGCAGAGGUUGGACUGCUUUGUUGUGCAUGUGUUCAUUCGAACCCAGAAGAGGCAGUUACACACCUUAUUGAGCCAAUUUUAUUGUCUGUUAUAUCCUCUUUACAAGGAAUGCCGGUUACAGGAUUUGGAGGAAGAGGAACUUCUAAUGCCUGCCUUUCAACAAAGGCAAAACCAACACUUUCUCCAGCUCUUGAAACAACAAUCGAUUAUCAAUUGAAAAUAAUAUCAGUUGCCAUCAGUUAUGGAGGUCCUGCUCUUCUCCGUUACAAGGAUCAGUUUAAAGAAGUUAUUGUUUCCGCUUUUGAUUCCCCAUCUUGGAAGGUCAAUGGAGCUGGUGAUCAUCUUCUUCGGUCCCUUCUUGGGAGCCUGGUUCUUUAUUAUCCGAUUGAUCAGUACAAGUGCAUUUUCCGUCACCCUCUUGCUUCUGAACUAGAGGAAUGGAUCAGCACAAAAGAUUAUUCCUAUGAUGAACCGCCAAUGUCCCCCAAGUGGCAUAUUCCAAGUGAUGAAGAAGUUCAUUUUGCAAAUGAACUUUUGAACCUUCAUCUUAAAUCAGCCUUGGAUGAUCUUUUGACUAUGUGCCAAUCUAAAAUCCAUUCUGAACCAGGAGAUGAGAAAGAGCACUUGAAAGUGACUCUUUUGCGUAUCGAUUCCUCAUUGCAAGGUGUAUUGUCUUGUCUGCCUGAUUUCAGCCCAUCCUCCAUGAAUUCAAUGGAUGAAGAUCCAGAUCACAAUACUUUCUUAAUAGCUGGAGCUACAGGUUCGAGUGUUGGCAGCACUCAACUGCGGGAAAAAGCUACUGAGAUUGUACAUGCAGCUUGCAAAUACUUAUUAGAAGAAAAGUCUGAUGACAGCAUUUUGUUGAUACUCAUUAUUCGUAUUAUGGAUGCUUUAGCGAACUAUGGAAGUUUGGAAUAUGAUGAGUGGUCAAAUCACAGGCAGGCUUGGAAGUUGGAAUCUGCUUCCAUAAUUGAACCUCCAAUUAAUUUUAUUGUGUCAUCCCAUUCUAAGGGAAAGAGAAGGCCAAGGUGGGCACUUAUUGACAAGGCAUACAUGCACAGUACAUGGAGAUCCUCACAAUCAUCCUAUCAUCUAUUCCGUACGAGUGGGAAUUUCCAUCCAUCAGACCAUCUGAAUCUUUUGAUGGAUGAUCUUAUCAAUCUAUCUUUGCAUAGUUAUGAAACUGUUCGCGGGCUUGCGGGAAAAUCUCUACUAAAGAUGAUAAAGAGAUGGCCAUCUAUGAUUUCAAAGUGUGUUAUCUCUCUUGCAGAGAAUUUACAGAACCCUGACUCACCAGAAUGUGCAGUGCUAGGUUCCUGUGCAGUCCUUACGUCGCAAACAAUUCUCAAGCAUUUGACAACGGAUCCAAAGUCAUUCUCUUUAUUUAUCCUUGGAAUUCUCUCCAGCUCACAUCAUGAAUCACUGAAAGCUCAAAAAGCAAUCAAUGAGUUAUUUGUCAAAUACAACAUCUACUUUGCUGGAGUACCUAGAAUCAUUUUCAGGACAUCAAACAAUGACGUGGGUGGACCAGAUUUUACUGAUUUGGUUUCUCAAAUUGGUUCUAUGAGUUUUGAUUCCAUUGGCUUGCAUUGGCGGUAUAAUCUGAUGGCUAACAGAGUUCUGCUCCUGUUGGCCAUGGCAUCUAGGAAUGACCCAAAUGCCUCUCCGAAGAUAUUGAGUGAAACUACUGGUCACUUCUUGAAGAAUUUGAAAAGCCAACUACCUCAGACAAGAAUACUUGCAAUUUCAGCCCUGAAUAUGCUGCUAAAGGAUUCGCCUUAUAAACUGUCAGCUGAGGAUCAGUCUGGCUCUUCUGGUUCUGGGGACUUGCAGGAAAGUACAAAAUCAUCACUUGAAGGAGCUUUAACUAAAAUUUUUCAGGAAGAGGGUUUCUUUAAUGAGACAUUGAAUUGUCUUUCCCAUGUUCACAUAAUCACUGAUUCUGAUAGCACAUCUUCCAGAGGAAAUCAUGGAAAUUCAUCUUUUCAGAGCCUAGCAGACAAAUCAAUCACCCGUUUUUAUUUUGACUUUUCUGCGUCAUGGCCUCGUACUCCUAGUUGGAUUUCUUUGUUAGGAAGUGAUACCUUCUACUCAAAUUUUGCCCGGAUUUUUAAGCGGUUAAUACAAGAAUGUGGCAUGCCUGUUUUAUUUGCACUUAGAAGUACAUUGGAGGAGUUUGCAAAUGCCAAGGAGAGGUCUAAGCAGUGCGUUGCCGCUGAAGCACUGGCUGGGGUGUUGCAUUCUGAUGUCAAUGGUCUUUUGGGAGAAUGGGACAGCUGGUUGAUGGCCCAGUUGCAGAAUAUCAUUUUAGCACAAUCAGUGGAAUCAGUACCUGAGUGGGCAGCUUGUAUACGUUAUGCAGUUACUGGAAAAGGAAAAUAUGGAACAAGAGUUCCUCUUCUGAGGCAACAAAUCCUAGAUUGUUUGGUCAAUCCAUUACCUUCAACAGCAACUACCACCAUAGUAGCCAAGCGCUAUGCUUUUCUAUCAGCUGCACUUAUAGAAAUAUCCCCACAGAAAAUGCCAGCAGCUGAGUUACGGCUCCAUAAUAACCUUUUGGAAGAGCUGCUUGAUAAUAUGUGCCAUUCAUCUGCCCAAGUAAGGGAAGCUAUAGGUGUUACCCUUUCUGUUUUGUGCUCUAACAUUCGGCUGUAUGCAUCGUCUCAUCCUGAUCAUUCACAUGAAGGGGGAAACAGUGAUGUUAAUUACCAACAUAAAGAGGGAAGUUGGGUUAAAUUUCUAAUAGAACGAGCAUCUGAACUGGUAAUGAAUAUUCAGAAUACCAGUCAGUCUGACAAUUUGGAGACUACAACAGAUGCGAGAGAUCAAAAUGGGCAUUUGAAUGGAGAUUCAAAAGAUGAUGUCAAAUGGAUGGAAACGCUAUUCCAUUUUAUCAUCUCAUCUUUGAAGUCUGGAAGAUCUUCAUGUUUGCUGGAUGUGAUCGUGGGACUUCUUUAUCCUGUAAUUUCCUUGCAGGAAACAUCAAAUAAAGAUUUGUCUACAUUGGCCAAGGGAGCUUUUGAACUAUUAAAAUGGAGGAUUUUCUGGGAACCUCGUCUCCAGGAGGCCGUAUCUGUGAUUCUUUCUUCAGCCAAAGAUUCUAAUUGGCGGACUAGAUCUGCUACACUGACUUAUCUGCGGACUUUUAUGUAUAGGCACACUUUCAUUCUCUCACGUGUGGAGAAAGAACAAAUCUGGAGCACUGUGGAAAAGCUACUCAUAGACAACCAAGUGGAGGUAAGAGAGCAUGCUGCAGCAGUUCUAGCCGGCCUAAUGAAGGGUGGGGAUGAAGAUCUAGCUAGAGAUUUUCGUAAUAGAGCCUAUUUGAAGGCAAAUGAUCUUCAAAGGAAGAGAAAGCGGAGAAAUUUUUCUGGUCACUCCAUUGCCUCUAUACAUGGUACUGUACUUGCUUUGGCGGCUUCUGUGUUAUCAGCCCCUUAUGACAUGCCCAGUUGGUUGCCUGAGCAUGUCACAUUAUUGGCUCGUUUUGCUGGGGAGCCAUCACCUGUAAAAUCUACAGUUACAAAAGCAGUUGCUGAGUUCCGGCGGACCCAUGCAGAUACAUGGAAUGUUCAGAAAAAUUCAUUUACUGAAGAGCAACUUGAGGUUUUGGCUGAUACAUCCGCUUCAUCAUCUUAUUUUGCUUGAUCUACAUUGUAUUUUUAGUAAGAGAAACGGUCUAGUUGAAACUCAAAUAGUUGGAACUAGGAACAAGAAAUUAUGUUGAGACUAAGAGAAAUGAUAUAGUUGCUUGAUUUACAUGUUGAUCUUUAUAUUUUUGCAAUAAAAUGUUAAUGUUUAUCCAUCAA